UUCAAUCGACGAUUGACGCGUUCGUCUCGUUUGAUUCUUCGUUUCCCGCGUUCCGUUCAACUUGUCCGCGCGCAAUAAACGUCAUUCCGCGCGGGAACGAAUUUGAACUGCACGCGCACUUUACGAUCGAAUAUUAAAUGAAAUAAUUUCGAUAUAAAUUCAAUAUUUGUCCUCUGUUAAGUGGUAUUAUAAUGUUGUAACAAGAAUUUAAGUGUUAUUUAAGAUAAAUAAUUGUGUUUAGUGUUGUGUUUUGAUAAUUAAAUUCGACUUGUCUACUGAAAAUUAUUAAACGUAACACAUAAAUCAUGGCCACGAAGUCGUACAGCAAACACAAGGAGUACAAAGAGUAUUCCAGCAGCAGAGGCAAUGUGCCCUACACAGACGAACAAUUCGAUAUGAUAAAAUCCGAACUAAUACCGAAAGGCAGUAAGCUGGACUCGCUAGGUCGAGGUGUUGGUACCAGAGAAUACCAUUACGAAUACAAAGAGGAGAAACUACCCUCUGGGAAAUAUGACAGGAAAGAUUUGCACACUGUCGAGGAAUACGCAAUCCCUCCCAAGACCGUACCUAAAGCUUCUGAGUCUAGCUCGUACUACUACGAAAGAGAGGAGAGGGAGCUGCCCUCUAUUAUGACUGGGACCAGGACAUACAACUAUGAGACAACAGGCACAAGUCCAACACCAGGGUAUUCGAAAGUAAAAAGUGGAAAGGUGACGAAGGAAAUGACUCAGAACGUAGAAGAGUUAGACUCGCUGCUCGACGACCUACAAAAGGACCAGGAACGUCAGCUUUACAAGAGUGGAUACACUUCUGAUACAGCUGAAAGUACAUCGUUUGACUAUAGGAAAGGCACACCGGCAAAGGCUCCGUCCAGCGGCUACUCGACCCUCAAGCACGAGGAGCGAGUGGAGUCGUCAUCGUGGGGGGUCUCCCCCCUGGCCGCGCCCGCCCCCUCAGUCGCGCGCUCGGUGGAGCGAGUGGAGUCGUCGUCGUGGGGGGUCGCCCCCGCGCCCGCGCCCGCCCCCGCGCCCGCCGUCACGCGCUCCGUCGACGUGAGACAGCAGCUCUACAGGGAGGAGAAGACAGAGUCCCGCGCGCUGCCCACCCAGCUGCCGGUGGCGCAGGUGGCGGGCGCGGUGUGUUCGCACUGCCACCACUCGUCCUCCACCGCUACCCUCCCUCGCUCGGGGACUCCCAUGAACAAGGUGACCACGACGGUAAAGACGUACACAUACGAGGUGCCGGCUGACCAGGACCCCACCACCGUACCGAUACCCACCGAGCACCACUACACCGAGCACCACCACCUUGACAGCUCCACGACGAGCAGCCCCGCCCCGCCCCCGCCCGCCGGCGGCUGCCAGCACUGCUCGCAUUGCAACACCAGGCUCAUCUCGCAAUACCGCUCGCACCACACCACUGACGACCACUCCACCGAGCGGGUGUUGCUGGCCCCCCCCACGCACGAGCCGCACAAUGGACACGGCCCUUAUGGUCCAUCAACAUACAAGUACAGCGAGACAACUUACUCGUCGCACGAGGCGCCAAGACUUUCCUCCCCCUCUCCAACCCUAUCUCCCUCCCCCGCGCCCUUCCCUCGCGCCGUCACUCCCUCUGGGGGCACACAGCAGCCCCCCAAGAGACUCGACGACUUGCUUGCUGAGUUCCCUGAAGCGAGAUUCCCGACACAACCAGACGGCGUGGUACGUCGUAAGGUGGAGGUGACUCAGGGUUCGCACAGCGCUCUCAGAGACGGUACCAGCACCACCCCUACCGUCAAUGCCAACAACACCAUCAACAAGGGUACUCCCCCACUGGUGGGCAGCAAGAACGUAGCCGGGCCUGCCGUGUACUACCCGCCCGGUCACACGCCCUUCGCCAAGAAGGACGAACCCGCUGGAGGAUACCAGUCUAGCGCGAUGAUGCAAGGCGGCGGCGCGUACGCCUCGGGGCGCGGCAUGUACGAGUACGAGUCCGGCGCGCGCAGCAAGGAGAAGCACUCCGAGAAGAAGACCGCCGUGCCCAUCUGCCUGCCGCUGUGCUGCGCCAUGCCCUGCGUCAUCAUGUGAUCCGGGGAGCUGCUGCCACGGAAAAUAUGUUGACAAAACGACCACAAACAUAGGACUCGACUUUUUGCUUCUACUUAUUGAUGUCAAAUCACUAUUUGCUACACUAUUUCAAGAUCGAUUCCUAACAAAAUUAACUCAUAUUUACCGAAACAAUCAUUUUUGAGAACUUUUAUAAAAAUAUAUCUUAAUAAGUAGCUACUAAUGGUCGUAUGUACAAAAUUGUGUCAAUUGAAUUCUUAAAAUUCGUAUAAUUUAUUACUUUAAUAUCUUUGAAAACGGUACGACUGUAGAGCACAAAAUUGCUUUGAUACACAAAUUAUUCAACUGAAUAAAACUUUGGAUUCUUAACAAUUUGUAAAAAUUUAAUUGAAGUAAAAUACUUAUGGUAAUUAAGAAAGUUUUUUUAAAAUACAUAUUAUCGAGAAAUGCAGAGAUUGUGCACUUAUUUUCAAUAUACAAAGAUAUGUUAACAGAUACAUAUAAUAUUGCUCAAAAUACACAAAAAGAUUUUUUUAUAUGACAAUAAAGUUAAACAGAUUCAUAGUACAAUAAUUAUGUAAAAUAUUUAAUGUAAUACUUUCAAUUACCCAAGUUACAUAUUUAAUUUUUGUAAAUAUGUAAUUUAGUAAAAAUAAAACAUAUGGUGGGAUUUAUAUUUCAAUAUAAUUUUUCUCUUACGUAAUAUUAUGUAUUUAUUGAAGUAAUAUUUUUACUUAAACGAAAAAUUAUAAAUUAAAUCAAAACUCGAUAAAAUUAAUAAAUAAAAUAAUUUUGUAAAAAAUAAAAAUUAUAAUUCGACAAAACUAAUAGACGAUAUAUAUUUUACUAUUGUUAUAUCUGUUUAUACUUUUAUAGUUUAAGUGAAUUCGUCUUAAGCAUAAGUUAUCGUAAAGUAAGAACUGAACGAUGCAAUCAACUAACAGUAAUAAUUGUGCCAUUAAUGAUAUUGUAAUGUAAGUGCCUCGUGUCGUCUUACGUGUAUAAAUGAUAUAUUUUUUUGAAUAAUAAAUUUAUUAACUGAUUAA